AUGGUUAAAAAAAAGUAAGUCAAAUAAGACUCAAUUAAUAACAGAACUUUCUUUAUCUUUACAUAGAAAAGCUGAUUUAUCUGAACCAUUACUGUAACAAAUAUUUAGUUUUAAAUAUGUAAAAGUUAACGAAAGAAUGGCACUAUCGAAUGGAUUUAAAUAUACGACCGAGAGUGAGAACCCUCUUUGGCUAGAAGGCAUUAACAAAAAACUGAAAGAAACUCACAUCAAAAAUGGCAGUCGUUUAACAUCACCAAAUUAUGAAAAAGCAACAAAUUCUAGAUUAGAAAGCAGAUCAACGCGGCGGACAUCAUUAGACGCUACCUUCGACAUUCAAAAGAAACAGAAAAAGCACCCAAUCGCACACUCUGCAGGAACACUACGCCAGAAUCAUGAUCGUGACCAUAACAAGAAGCCAAAUGCAUUCGCCAAAAAGUUAGACUGGGGCGAUUCUUCGGGACGUCAUGACGUUACCAAUGAUUUUCUAUCCGACCUCCUACCGCAUUACGUCACUCCGCGACACCGGCCACUGAACGCAGACAAUGAUUUUAACGAUGUUAUUGUUGGACGCAGGCACGACACGUUUAAACCAAAUAAAACAGUUCCUGAAGAGUACAAAAGUGUCGUACAUCAUACAAACAGACCAAAGAAGUCCGAUCCUAAAAAUAUUUCAAAGAACACUUCUAAAAUGACCCCGAGAGAUAUUGAAAAAGUUAUGAAUGAUUUUGUUAUACCGGAAUUACCACAGGGACGAUUGCUGGAGAUAAAGAUUUUCUCCAACUGGGGUGAUAAAUUUCUAGUCGGUUUGAAUGGAUUAGAAAUAUUUGACGUAAACGGUGAAGUUGUUAGUAUUGAAAAGAUAUGGUCGGAUUCAGAGAGCGGCGACUGCACGAGGUACGGGCGCACGGAGAGCAUCAUAGACGGCGUGGUGCGCACCACCGACGACCUGCACAUCUGGAGCGCGCCCGCGCCCGCCAGCGCGCCCAUCGCGCUCAGCGUACUGCUGGCCAAGUGCACCACGCUGGCGCUGCUCAGGUUGUGGAACUACAACAAGUCCCGCAUAUAUUCGACGCGCGGCGUUCGUCUGGUACAAAUCAAACUGGACGACAAAGUUAUAUUCCAAGGCGAGAUCGCGAGGUCUAGUGGGGCACUGAAAGGCGACUUGCAGUCUUUUGGUGACACAAUCUUAUUCACAAAAGACUCGAGCAUAUUAGAAAGAAUACUGGUGAACGAUAAAAAUUUCCAAGAACUACUAAAAGAGAGUGACAAUGGUAACGACUAUGGCAUCGUGGACAAGCGGCCCCCCACCGCCAGCGAGAGCCGCGCGCUCAGCCCCGCCGCCGGCCACACGACACACCUGCACACGACACACCGACACUACAACACCAACAAGUACCUCGCCAACGUCGUCAAAAUUGUCUUGAUGUCCAACUGGGGACAGAAACAUAUCAUAGGACUCACGGGUAUAGAAAUCCUGCGCUACAACAAGCCAGUGGCCGUGCAGCGUACGUACGCGUACACGGCGUACAUCAGCGACGAGCGCAUGGACGAGUGUGACAGUGUGGUGGACUGUCGCAGCCUCUUCAACGGCACCAACAUCACCACGCAAUUCGAGGACAUGUGGUGCACCAACUUCGCGCCCGGCACCAAGUUCUGUCAUAUCGUUGUCGAGUUGCAAGAACCCACUGUUAUAACUAGUAUAAGGAUAUGGAACUACAACGGCAGCCUGGAGCUGUCGUACAUCGGGGCGAAGCACUUGCGCGUGUACGUGGACGGCGGCGCGCUGCACUGCCGGCCGCUGCUGCUGCGGCGCGCGCCCGGAGACACCGCGUACGACUUCGUGCAGCACAUCGACCUCGCUGACAUAGACGACAGAUUUGAGGAAACUCCAGAGGAGAGUUACCGCAAGGAGUGUGUGGUUUUUGGUGGCAUCGGGGGAGCGGGCGCGCCCACCGGCUUCGUGCUGCAGAUCAGCAUCUUCUCGACAUGGGGCGACCCGUACUAUGUGGGUCUCACCGGCGUCGAGCUGUACGGCACCGAUGGCAACAUGAUACCGGUCACGGAAACGAACGUGUGCGCGCACCCGUCGAGUGUGAACGUGCUGUACGAGCAGGGCGGGGACGCGCGCACGCCCGCGCGCCUCGUGGACGGCUGCAACUCGUGCGCUGCGCUCGCGCACCACUCCUGGCUCGCGCCCAUACUGCCUCACACACUUAACAGGGUAUUCUUUGUGUUCGACUUGCCGGUGACAGUUUACGGAAUGAAGAUAUGGAACUACGGCAAGACUCCAGCGCGAGGUGUCAAGGAGUUUGCGAUCUUAAUGGACGACCUGUUGGUAUACAAUGGCUCGCUGGAGCGCGUCAAGGGAGAGGAGAUCACCCCGCAGUGGAUCUGUCUGCGCAACGACGAUCCAGACAACUUGCCCAGUCCAUCGAACAGCAGCCGGCGAUCAACAACGAGCGGCUCGCACCAGUCUGCGGACCAACGAGCGCGUCCACACACCAGCGUGCUCGCUGACGUACAUACAUACAAAUACUGACACACACAGACAACAUUAAAUGUUCCUAAACUUUCAUACAUUCAAGCGAAACGUUCC